AGCAGCAUCACCACGGCUGUCAUGGCUCCGGACAUAAACAGAAAGCGGUGAAUAACGACACGUUUUGUUGUAGUACUUCGCCAAACUCUUUACAGCUACACUUUAACUGUGUUUAUCAGCCGAGGAGAGAAGUGACAGGGAAUAACAUGUCCGGGGGAAACAAAGCCAUUGAGUUACAGCUUCAGAUGCGGCAAAACGCGGAGGACCUGCACAGCUUCAUGAAGGAGCUGGACAGCUGGGAGACAGACAUGAAGAAGAGGGACGAGGAGCUGAGGACAGGAGGAGUCCAGGAGGUUCAGAAGAAACUCCCACCUGUGCGCAAUAAGAACUACAAAACAAAGAAGAGGGAAAAGAAGAAGAAGAUGGAGCCUGAUGGAAAUGGUGACACAAAUGCAAAAGAGCCCAGCCAGCCAUCGCGGAUAAAAGCAUACGACUAUCGAUCAUGGGACAAGUUUGAUGUGGACAAGGCUCUGACAGAGAUGGAUAAAGAGGAAAGUCCAGCAGAGUCAAAUGAUUCUGACUCAGAGGAAGCAGCGGUUGAUCAGGAGAAAGCGCUGGCAGAGAAGGAAAAGGGUAAUAACUUUUUCAAAGAGGGGAAGUAUGACGACGCCAUCGAAUGUUACACCAGAGGGAUGGGUGCAGAUCCUUACAACCCUGUGCUUCCCACUAACCGAGCCACCUCCUUCUUCAGACUCAAAAAGUAUGCCGUGGCAGAGUCCGACUGCAACUUGGCGAUCGCUCUGGACAGCAACUACUACAAAGCGUAUGCACGAAGAGGAGCAGCACGGUUUGCACUGAAGAAAUACGAAUCUGCAUUAGAAGAUUAUGAGAUGGUUCUCAAGCUUGAUCCUGGGAACACGGAAGCUCAGAAGGAAGUGAAGAAAAUCAAAGAGGAGCUCGGACAUGAGGCGCCAACCGUCCAGAGUGAAGCUGUGCAGCCGCAGGAGGCUCCCACAGUCGACCCUGAGCAGCAGAGGCUGAUGGAGGAGCAGCAGAGGAAGCAGGAGGCGGUUCUACAAAAAGACAGAGGGAAUGCGUAUUUCAAAGAGGGGAAGUACGAAGCAGCUGUAGAGUGCUACAGCCGAGGCAUGGAGGCAGACGCCAUGAACGUCCUUCUUCCCGCCAACAGAGCCAUGGCGUUCCUCAAGCUGGAGAAAUAUAAGGAGGCAGAGGAGGACUGCACUAAAGCCAUUUAUCUGGACAGUACUUACUCUAAGGCUUUUGCUCGCCGUGGCACAGCCAGAGUGGCUUUAGGGAAACUGGAGGAGGCAAAACAAGAUUUUCAGGAGGUGCUGAAACUGGAGCCAGGGAACAAACAGGCCUUGAAUGAACUCCAGAAACUCCAGACUAAUGUAGGUUCCAGCGGCCUUCUUCAAACAGAGGACAGCUCACAGAGGAGAGCUGUCGAGCCCAUUGACAAACCAACACAUCUGCGCUCAACUAAACCUCUGAAGAGGAUUGACAUCGAGGAGGUCAGUGGAAAGGCGACAGUGCCUCAGGUGGAAUCAGGGGGAUCCAAGUCCUUUGUCCAGGAAGUGGUGAGGGAGACCGAGGACAGAUCCUCUCCGCUGUCAACGUCACCCAGCGCCAAGAUGAUCAAAAUCGAGGAGAUAGCAGACGUCCCUGCCUCAGACCAACAUCCUCCCAGCAGACAGACAGAACAACCAGCGCAGGAGGUUAUCAGUCGUCCACCUGAACCAUCAACCAGCUCAUCCUCAACAGCAACAGACCUGCCUCCUCCACCCACCAACAGCUUCCAGCUGGAGGCUGACCUGCGCAGGAUCGGAAAGCAGCCUGAAGUGAUCUACAGAUACCUGAGGCAAAUCAAGCCUGAGACGUACGUAAAGAUUUUCCACAACUCCCUCGAACCCGACAUCCUCAAUCAGAUCCUGAAGACGCUGCAUGAGUUCUACAUAAAGAAUGAAGCGGCGGCUGUUACGCUGGAGGUCCUCAGCAGCCUGGCAAGCGUGAGGCGCUUCGACAUGGCCGUCAUGUUCAUGUCGUCCCCGGAGAAGAAAGUGCUUAAAGAACUGUUCGACUUCCUUCACCGAGCUGAGCUGGAGGAGUCGUCUGUCGCAACCUUACAGAGGAAGUACGGUGUGUGACGCUUCAUUUUAGGCAACACACUCAAACCACUCAACACAGACUCAAACUUUGGAUUCAAGGCAAAUUAAACAAUUUAGUUAUAUUCAGUUCAAAAGAGACUUUCAUUGAAGUAGCAGUGUGCGCAUCCAGCGUGUUUGGGCUCACGUGCCAUUUAAAAAAAAAAAAAAAAGAAAAGCAAGACAUCCAAUUGAAUCCCUAAAAGACAAGGAUUUUGUGGAAGCUGUGGAACUUGGUACGCACAUACAGUAUUGUACUGGUGCUCUUAUGAUGCUCUGUGAGCUUUUCUUAUUACAAACAUGUUGGUGUGUUAACAUGGAGUCAGACAACUACAUCUUUUAGGGGGUUGUACCCCUCUGCUCAGUGUCAAUGUCAAAAAAGACCUGGCUAUAGAAAACUCUGUGAGUGAUAGAGGUGUCAGUUUGACAUAGAAGUGUUGAAAACCGAACGACAAAUAAAGGUGUAUUUUCUAAUUUGCGUCUGGGCUGUUAGUCAGCAACUACAAACGUCCAAAUUGUUUUGAACUUAUCAUUUCUUAAUCUCAGAUGUGUCAGCCGGGUGAUGAAUUGACACUGGGUAAUCAGAAAAAGUACAUUACUUCAUUGUUUAUUAAGUAUAAUUGUACAUAUCAUUUGGCAAGACAAAUGUUCAUACAUCAUGGAAGUAAAUGAGGUUAUCCUUGUGUAAUUAAAACACAGUAACUUUAUUAUUCAAGCACACGA